AUGUUCUUCACCACUGCUCUCCUCGCGCUCUCGGCCAUCGCCAGCGCCCAGAAGGUCCUCUUUGAGGGCUCCGGCUAUCGUGCGACUGUUUACUAUGGCGUCAACGAUGGUGACGUCUGCGGUGCCGCCAACGGCGGUCCCUUCCCCUCGCGUUGGGCCGACACUUCGGGCAUCAACGACGGCUACCCCAAGUGCACGUCCAACCUCCAGUCCGAGGCUAAGACUCUCCGCCAGUACAACUCAAACCGCAUCGUCGCUAUGAACGCCAACAUGGUCGCCAACGACGUUGAGUACUGGUGCGGCAAGGAGGUCCAGAUCUUUGGCCCCGACGGCAAGCAGAUCGUCCUCGACGAGGGACCCUUCGUCCUCAUGGAUGGCUGCGCUGCUUGCACUACGGCCAGCAUUAUUGACGUCUCGGCUCUCGCUUUCACCCAGCUCUCGGGCGGCAAGUGCGGCAACAACCCUGAAGGUUUCUCCGUCAAGGUUAUCGACAACGACCUCAGCGCCACUCUUGGUGACGCUCCUCGUGGCUCGGCCAAGGGCGCUUCGGUCUACAACCCUGCUGGCGGCAACGAUGCCCCGGCUCCCCAACAGCCUUCUUCCUCGUCCACGCCUGCUCCUGCCUCGUCGCCCACUCUGGCCACUUCGCCUGCCCCUGUCGCCGAGCCGGCCCCGGCCUCCUCUCCUGCUUCUUCGGCUGAGUCCGUGUCCGUAUCGUCUGCCGAGGCCAACAAGCCCAACCACUCCACUCCUGCUGCGCAGGACACUCCCGUCGGCGGCAAUCUCGCCGUCGUCUCUCCCGCUGCUGAGCAGCCUUCUUCUUCCCCAUCUCCCUCCGCCGCGCCCAUCCCCGUCGGUGACGUCGCCAAGGCUGCCCCCGCCCCUGUCCCCGACACCUGCAAGUACGGCAAGUGGCGCUGCGAUGGCCUUAGCCUCCAGAUCUGCAACAGACAGACUCAGGGCAACGCGUGGGAGACGAUUGCGUCGUGCGCCGCCGAGUGCUCGUUCUCCGUCUCUGGAUCCGCCAUCUGCCAGUAG